UGGAGUUGUCGCACGAGAGAGGUGAAAUACCAAACCACAGCUGAUCUCCGCAGAUUUAUAAGCUGGGAAAUAUUAGUUAGGCUAAUUACUUAUGUUUGCAUAAUACUUUCAAAAGAGCCGGCCUGGUUGUUUCACAAUGCGUCUACUCAGGAGCUUAUGCUGUAAUGUUAUAUAGUGUUGUGCGUGACCUGUGAUGGUCUUCAGUAAUGCGCGGCUCGCGGCUCUUGCUGCAGCGCUCGCACGCGCUCUACAGACGCAGUGUCAACACAUGGUCUGCUGUCGGAGCAGCGUUCACUGUUCAGCAGCAACGAUUUGAACAUUUAAAGAAAAAUGUGGGUCUGUUUGGAGUAUCAGAACUCAGCGGUCCUGCCGGUUUCCAGAUGGCUCAGCAUCAGGCUCUCAGGGAAGCAGAGUUUUUGGUCCACAAGGCUUGCACACAUCCUCCUGGUGCCAUCACUGUGGAAACAUUUGAUCAGCUGUCUGACAGCUUAUGCAGAGUUGCAGACCUGGCAGAUUUCAUGAAAGUGGCUCAUCCGGAUGCUGCGUUCCGGGAGGCAGCGGAAAGGACCUGCGUUGAAAUCGGAACUGUUGUGGAAAAACUCAAUACAAAUGUCGAUUUGUGUCAAAGCCUGAAGAAUUUACUGGAAAACGAGGCUGUUUUGGCCACACUGGACUCAGACACAAGAAGAGUGGCAGAGCUCUUCAUGUUUGAUUUUGAGAUUAGUGGAAUACAUCUGGAUGAAUCCAAGAGGAGCAAGGUUGUCGCUCUGAAUGUGAAGCUGCUGGAUCUUUACCACGAGUUUCUGAGCGGCUCUCAGCUCCCAAACGCCAUAGAUAAGCAAGUUCUACCAGAACACAUCCGCCACUGCUUUUCCAUAGACGGGAACCGCAUUCAGAUAGGCGGGUUGCAUGCUGACUCUCCAAACGAGCUGGUGCGGGAAGCUGCCUAUAAAAUCUUUCUGUACCCCAAUGCUAGUCUCUUGCUUUGUCUGGAUGAGCUUUUGGCUUGUAGACAUGAGCUGGCAACAUUAGUGGGCUAUGAGUCGUUUGCACACAGGGCUUUGAAAGGAACGAUGGCUAAAACCCCAGAGACUGUGAUGAAGUUUUUGAAGCUGCUAACAGAUAAGCUCUCUGACAGAACAUCAAGAGACUUCAAGAUGAUGAAAGAAAUGAAGAAGAAAACACACUCGACAAAUCCUGAAGUGAUGGCGUGGGAUCAUGCGUACCUCAGCUGUGCCAUACGAACGGAAAAGUUUAACAUUGAUCCCAGCGUCUACAGCCCGUACUUCUCUCUGGGUGCUUGUAUGGAGGGACUCAACCGUCUCUUCAUGCAGCUUCUGGGCGUUUCUUUUCAAGCGGAGCAGCCGAAGAUGGGCGAACUGUGGAGCGAAGAUGUUCGAAAGCUUGCUGUGGUCCAUGAAACAGAAGGACUGCUGGGAUAUAUCUACUGUGAUUUCUUCCGCAGACUUGAUAAACCUCACCAGGACUGUCACUUCACCAUCCGCGGUGGGCGGCUGAGGGAAGAUGGCAUUUACCAGCUGCCUGUUGUAGUGCUGAUGCUGAGUUUACCUCCACCCAGCGGCAAAACCCCAUCUCUGCUCACCCCCUCUAUGGUUGAGAACCUCUUCCACGAGAUGGGACAUGCCAUGCACUCCAUGUUAGGCAGGACACGCUAUCAGCACGUCACAGGAACCAGGUGCUCCACAGACUUUGCUGAAGUCCCUUCUAUUCUGAUGGAGUAUUUCGCCUCAGAUUAUCGAGUUGUGAGCCAGUUUGCAAGACAUUAUCAGACUGGAGAACGUCUUCCAGAGAGCCUAGUGUCCCGUUUAUGUGAGUCUAAGAGAGUUUGUGGUGCUGCUGACACUCAGUUGCAGAUUUUCUAUGCAGCUUUGGACCAGGUUUAUCAUGGAAUACCACAAUACAGAUCAACCACUGACAUCCUCAGAGAAAUACAGGAGAAAUUUUACGGGUUACCAUAUGUUAAUAACACAGCUUGGCAGCUGAGAUUUAGCCACCUGGUUGGCUAUGGUGCUAAAUAUUACUCCUACCUCAUGUCCAGGGCAGUUGCCUCGAUGGUAUGGAGGCAGUGCUUUCUACAGGAUCCCUUCAGCAGAGUGAUGGGAGAGCGUUACCGCAGAGAGAUGCUCGCUCAUGGGGGCAGUAAAGAGCCUAUGCUGAUGGUCCAAGGAAUGCUACAGAAAACCCCUACCAUUGAAGACUUUGUUGAUGCACUAGUGUUUGACCUUGAUGCAAAUGUCAAAUCCCCACCUUAGUAGAGGAAACGAUCUCAUACACGGAGUAUAACCUCACUCUUUCCUAAUGUCUUGCUGCCUUUAAGCCUAAUUAAAAUGUGAAGAGACAUUGUGUUACUUCUGCCUAUUGUGCCUGUUUCACAUUUAGUACAUUGUGCUGAAAACACCAGCUUCAGCACACUGAAUUUCACUGAUAUAUAGGUGCUGAUUUGAAGAUUUUUAUUGAAGUGAUAUUUUUGCAAAGAAAAUCUUGCUUUAAAACAUACCCUGUCCCUCUUAUUUGUACUUAAUUACAAAAAAUUACACAACCAUACAUAUAAGAAAGAUGUUUAAGUUUUGGCAAAUAUGUAUAUCAUUAUACAAUUUUAAAAUGGCCUGCUUUUCUAAAAUGGCCAUUUUAAUAAAACACCAUAACCAGUUUUAGCUUUGUAAAGCUCAAAGAAAAGCAAUAUACUUCAGAUUAUGAUCUGG